AUAGCCUGGGCUCGGCAAGUUUUAUCGUUAAAAAGGAGCAACCAGGAGGGCGACAGAGCUCCGCAGGUCUGAAUCGACAAAUAGGGAGACAGAGACGGGGGGGAACAGAGUUUGUUGGAUACAUGAGACGGUGUAAUACGGUGACGGAAAAUUACAAAAAAAUCAUUCAGGGAUUUAUAUUUGCUGACAGACCAAGUGGCUGCGGUUGAACCUGUCUGCUGAGGAGUGACUUGAACUCAACGUUAUCAGGAGCGGCCAGCUGCAGCCUAUCUGAAGAUGUCUGAUAAUGGGGAGGUCGAGGACAAGCCUCCAGCUCCUCCCAUGAGGAACACCAGCACCAUGAUCGGCUCCUGCAACAAGGACCCCACGCCCCUGAACCACGGCUCCAAGCCGCUGCCGCCCAACCCAGAGGACAAGAAGAAGAAAGACCGCUCCAUCCGAUUCAUCCUCACUGGGAGCGAUAAGACCUAUAAGAAAAAGGAACGUCCUGAGAUUUCUCUGCCGUCAGACUUUGAGCACACCAUCCAUGUCGGUUUUGAUGCUGUUACUGGGGAGUUUACUGGCAUGCCGGAGCAAUGGGCCCGGCUGCUGCAGACGUCCAACAUCACCAAACUGGAGCAGAAGAAGAAUCCUCAGGCCGUCCUUGACGUCUUAAAGUUCUACGACUCGAAGGAAACGGCCAACAGCCAAAAAUACAUGAGCUUCACUGAUAAAACUGCAGACGCCUUCAACUCCUCCAUUGUAACGAGCUCCAAGGCGGUGUCGGAGACGCCUGCCAUAGCAACCGUGUCCGAGGAUGAAGACGAAGACGAGGCUGAGCCCCCGCCGGUGAUCGCCCCCCGCCCUGAGCACACCAAGUCGAUUUACACCCGCUCAGUGAUCGAGCCGCUCCCUCCUCCUUCCACCAAAGAUGCAGCCACUUCCCCCAUCAUCCCACCGACCGCCGCCGCCGCCGCCGUUACCCCCGCCCCACCUGCAGAGGCGGCUCCCAGCAGCCCCCCCAGUGCAAGCCCCGCCCCCGGCCCAUCUCUGCCCCGCGCACAAGAUAAAAGCAAGAAGAAGAAGAUGUCUGACGAGGAGAUCCUGGAGAAACUACGAACAAUUGUUAGCGUGGGAGAUCCCAAGAAGAAAUAUACUCGGUUUGAAAAAAUAGGACAGGGAGCCUCUGGUACGGUGUACACAGCUAUAGACAUCGCUACAGGACAAGAGGUUGCCAUUAAACAGAUGAACCUGCAGCAGCAGCCAAAGAAAGAGCUGAUCAUCAACGAGAUUCUGGUGAUGAGGGAAAACAAGAACCCAAACAUUGUCAACUACCUGGACAGCUACCUGGUCGGCGAUGAGCUGUGGGUGGUGAUGGAGUACCUGGCUGGAGGUUCGCUGACCGACGUCGUCACGGAAACCUGCAUGGAUGAAGCUCAGAUUGCUGCCGUGUGCAGAGAGUGUCUGCAGGCGUUGGAGUUCCUCCACUCGAACCAGGUCAUCCAUCGAGACAUCAAGAGCGACAACAUCCUGCUGGGCAUGGACGGCUCCGUGAAGCUCACCGACUUUGGAUUCUGCGCCCAAAUCACUCCGGAGCAGAGUAAGCGCAGCACCAUGGUGGGGACUCCUUACUGGAUGGCUCCGGAGGUCGUGACCCGGAAGGCUUACGGACCCAAAGUGGACAUCUGGUCCCUGGGCAUCAUGGCCAUCGAGAUGGUGGAGGGGGAGCCGCCGUAUCUGAACGAGAAUCCCCUCAGGGCGCUGUAUCUCAUAGCAACCAACGGGACGCCGGAGCUUCAGAACCCAGAGAAACUGUCAACAAUAUUCAGAGACUUCCUGAACCGAUGUCUGGAGAUGGACGUGGAGAAACGAGGAUCUGCUAAAGAACUACUGCAGCACCAGUUCCUGAAGAUGGCGAAGCCUCUCUCCAGCCUCACUCCUCUCAUCCUGGCAGCCAAGGAGGCAGCAAAGAACAACCGCUAGCUGCCGCUGCUCUGGUUUGUCGUCAUCGCUGCGUGAGUCUGAGGCCGCCGGCCCGGUUACAAAACCCUCAGAAGGACUUGAGUUGUUUUCUCUCUCCUCCUCUGAGUGUUUUCUACCUCGGAGCUGCUUUAUUUGCCCCGUCUCCUUCCACCCCAACCGCCUCACAGAGAGGAAAAGCCCCUAAACACGCCACCGGACCCGGGCGAAGGGACCGAGGGACGUCUCCAGAGCCCAAAGACGCCGGCUCGUUUUUAUUGUUUUUAAAUCAGGACCACGUUGUUGGACGUUUUUUAUUUUGUUUUAGAAGCGAAUCCUUUUCCUGUUUUUUUUUUAUGAAUCAAUUUUAGUUGUGUGUUUGUCACCGUGGACCGUUGGGAUUUUAAUCAUGUCGAUCGUAGCGUCGCGCUGAGCGGAGCCGGUCAGGUUUGGUACUUUGUUGUGUCUUUGUUAAUGAAACCCUGGUUUGUCCAGAGCCAUCGAUGGACGAGGUUCAACAUAAAACCGGAUUAUCAUCUUUCACUGGAGCUGCAAAACCACAGGUAGCUCCUCAACAACUUUACAUCACAUUAAUCUAUUAGUUAUAUAGUUUUAAUACAUAAAUUAUCUUUUUUAUUUAUCAUCUGUCAUAUAGCUGCUGUUUAAAGUAUUCUGGAUUUCUUCUGUUUUUGCUUUUUGUCACAGCAAAAUGUUUCAGACCAUCAAACUGUUUUCAACAUUAGACACUAAUGAACAGAGGCAAUUCAAGAAGUUAAACCAGAGUUAAUAAUAAUCAGAGUCAGUUAGUAACUACUUACAUUUACUUAAUUACAUUUACCCGAGAAACUUUUUUGAAAAAAUUACUUUUACUGUACUUUUUAUGUUUACUUGAGUAUCUCUAGUAAGACUACUUUUACUCUUACUUGAGUAAAGUUUCUGGAUUUUCUACCCACUGACUUAAAAACAAACAUGUUUUAACCAAAAAUUUACCAGACACAAAGGCACACCUGCAGUUUUUGUUAAAGUUUCAUAAGUUUUUUAUUCAAAGAAACUGAUUUGGAAAAACUUAUUUCCCCUGAUUGUUUUUUUUGUUGUUGUUGUUGUUCAGAUGAAUUAUUGUAAUUUUCGUCCAUAAAAUACCAAAUUUUCCAUUUAACUCAAAAUUUUGGUUUGCCUGAUGAUGUAAUUUUUUAAUAUUAAAUGAUUGAUAAUUUGACCAAUUACUCAGUACUUGAGUAAACGUUUUAACAAAUAGUUUUUAAUUGGAGUAAACAUAUGUUGAACUAAUGCUGCUCUUACAUGAGUACAUAUUUUGGAUGCUCUACCCACCUCUGCUAACAACUGGAAAUCAAUAUUUUACAUAAUUUUGAGGGCCACAUUUGGCCACGCCCCUUCAUGCAUCGUGGCUCCUCCCACUUUGCUGGAACUUUCCAGAAAUCGUCUGGGGGCGGGGCUUGUUAUAUUGGCUUCUUUCACAUAGAGGCCAGGUUGGUUUGCAUUGUUUUGUUUUCUGUUAUCAAAUAAAAUAAUAAUUUAAAAACUAAAUUCUGUUCUGAUCUGAAACAGAAGUGUGACAAAAAGACUGAAGAAAUCUGUAAGGGGGCAAAUACUUUCUCCCAGAUCUGUAGAUAGAGCUGUAGAAUUAAAAAAGGGUGUUUUUUAUUUUAUUUUAUUAUGUCUGUAAAAGGGAACUGUCCAUCUGUGGCUCUGGGCGUCGGUUUUUUCUUUGUUUUUAUACGGUACAUUUAGAGUAAGAAGUGAUAAAUGAGCGUAGUGACGAUUAAUGAAGGAUGCUUGUGUACGAUAGUAGAGAUCAUAUCUGAAUCCUAUUUUCAGAAGAUGAAUAAAUGUCGUUUUUCAGCCCGGAGGAGCCCUGUGAACAUGAGGUGUAUAUUUUACAUGCAAGAAGGAAAAAAACCGUUCCACAUUUUGUUUACAGAUCAUUUUUUAUAUAUAUUGAUCGUUUAUAAUUUUUGGAUAAGAAGUUAAGCAUCAGAGAAUCUAAAAACUCCUAAACAUUUAUCCAAAACUGUCUCUGACUUUAUGAUUUCAUUGUUUUUAAGGUACUGCUGGCCUUAAACUGUUUCUAAGGCUUAAGACUUGUUUUACCGUCUGAUGGAAAUGACGAGCUGCAGCAUUUUCAGUCGAAACUCCAUUUAAUUUGAAUACAACUUAGAGGUGAACUGUUAUUACUAGAUAUUUUGAUCAGCAGGUGUAACAAAAUGUAAACAUAAGCCGCUUUGCAUCAGAAAAACAGGCGUAAGUUUAAUAAUUUAAUGUUUACUGGCUGAAAAUGUUGCAGUUGUGUUGUUGUGUCCAGGUCAGAAUCCCCAUAAAGCUCAAUUAAAAGGGCUAUUCUGUAGUUUUCCAUAUUUAGUUUGAAACCCAGAGUCACGAUGCAGGAGCUGUCUGUCGAAAACACACAAACACUGCAAAAAUACAAAAUCUUACCAAGUAUUUUUUUCCACCACCAGGGGUCUUUUUUGUGGGCUCUAGUGUCCCUUAUAUGACAAUAGGCUGAGAGGAAAGAUGGAGGGAGAGGGGGGAAGACAUGCGGCAAGUGUCCGGGAAUUGAACCCGCGACGGCUGGGCCAAGGACUCAAGGCCUCCAAACGUGGGUCGCGCUAUCCCCUACACCACCACAGCACGCCCAUUACCAAGUAUUUUUUAUCCAGUUUCUGGUGCAAAUAUCUUAAUAUACUUGAAAUAAGAGAAAACUAACUUACCAGUUACUUCUAAGCAAGAUAUAAGAGUUUGUUUUAAAUUAAUUUCUUAAUAUUGAUUGAAAAAAAAACGGUUCUAUUAGCAGAUUAUUUCACUAUUAACAUGGGGAACAUGUCUUAUAAUAGAUUAAAUAGCGUAUUACAGCCACCGUAGAUAUAUAUAUAAAAAAAGAGUACAUCUGUCAAAAAAUCUUGCAAAUUUUCUAGAAAAAUUGUAGAAUUUUCUGAGUAUGAAAAUUUGCUAGAAAAAAAGCAAAUUCUAAAUUUAAUCUUAGAAAUUUGAGAAAAAAAAAAUGGAAAUAAAAGUUGAAACUUUGACAAACCCUGACAUACUGUCAGUCCGUUGGGUUUCCAAACGUCUUUUAUGGAUUUGCUUUAUUUUAAUAGAGCACAAUUCUUUUCACAAUUUAUUUCACUUUUGAAUCUCAGACAUGAACAAUGAUUAUAACUUUUUUCAAGGUUUUAUAUUUCCAAGCAGCCAUUUGCAGUCCCGGUCUGAGCAGAUGCGUCUUCAGUGUAAAUAAUCAUGAAUGUGUUUCAGUAACUGUCUUAUGUAAACUUAAUGGCCUUCUAAGGUUUAUAAAAUGGCGUUCAAACUGCUUAUGAGUUCAUUUGAGUUGAAAAAUAUUUACUUUUUUUUCAGCUCCAGUGAGAUUGACUGAUAAGUUCAGCAGAUUGGAAGAAAUUCAUUUCAUAUGAAUCCAAAAUGAAAGUUUUAAGAGAUUUCAUCAAAUCUACGAAAGAUGCUGACCACUUAUAGCGCUCCAAAUAACCCCACUUUUUAAAAAAUAAUGCAGGACUAUCCUCUAAGUGAGCGGCGUCCAGACGUUUAGCACAAAAUCACCAAAUUGAAAGCACACGGCGGCCACAAUUUAUUAGUUGUUUUUAUUUUAUUUAAAAAUGUUAAAUAUUUGUUUUAUUAUUUACAUUUUUCAAAUUUAUAUCAUAUACUGCAGAAAUAUAACAGCAUAACCAAAAUAUUCCAAAAUGUUAAAUAAUUAUUUGGCAAAUUAUUUUCUUUUUAUCUACUCAGCAACAAAUUAACAUGAUUUUAUUUUUAAAAAAGUGUCUCAAAGUUGUACAGUUUCAAAACUUGUGGGUCAAGAAAUCAGUUUUAGUUUAUUCCAGCAACAAAAAUUAGAAUUAUCUUUGAUAAACUGUAUUUAUCCCAUUUUAGUUAUUGGGUGCAAUAAAAUGCGUUUUAGAGUAAAAAGUCGUUUUAGAGUAAAAAGUCGGAGAUUUGUGGCUCUGCUCACUUUCUCAUUAAAAUAAAGCAAAAAUAAAAAAUAAACACUUAUUUUGUACUUAAAAUUUAUUACUUAAAGUUUAAAUUUGUUACUGAAAAUCACACACAAAAAAAAUAAAUCUGGAUCAGCUCCAUUUGCUGGAGUAAACCAUGACCAAACUGCAUCCAGGAGCCUCACAAAACUACUCCAAGGACCGCAAAUGGCCCACGGGCCGCACUUUGGACACCCAUGCUCUAAGUGCUGACAUUCAUUUCCUGUGUCACCUGAUGUAUAAAAGAAUAACACUAACACACAAACGAAUAACACUAGUAAUGUCAGGUACUGUCCACACAACAGCGCCACCUGCUGGAAAUCCUCAAGAUAAUCUUCAUAAAUGAGUUUUGCACAACAGCAGCAGCUUUGAUGGGGAUUCAGACUCGGCCCAACGUUAGGAUGACAAUGAGAAGAUCAAACAAAGUCUCCAAUCUUUACUGUAUCAGAGCCAUAAUUUAUCUGUCUGUAGAAAUUGUUUUUGAUUUUUCAAGACAACUGAAGAGGAACAAAUAAAACGGCACAAAAACUGAAA